AUGUCCCUCUCCAGUCUCAAACGCAAGGACCUCUUCGAGCAAAAUGGCUUCAUCGCCGACAAUUGGGCCUCCUCCUCCUCCGGAGCGACAUUCACCGUCAUAAAUCCAGCAACGCUUGAGACGCUUGCAACCCUCCCAGAAAUGAACGGCAAAGACACCGAAUCCGCCAUAUCAGCCGCUCACACUGCUUUUCAGUCCUACAAGAAGACUACUGCCCGUCAAAGGGCAACUUGGCUGCGUCGCUGGCACUCCCUUUGUCUCGAAAACAUUGACGACCUCGCCCUUAUUCUGACUCUCGAAAAUGGCAAGCCACUCACUGAAGCUAAAGGCGAAGUCAUGUAUGCUGCGUCAUUCCUCGAGUGGUUCGCAGGUGAAGCAGAGCGAGUGCAUGGUGAGGUCGUCCCCGCUGCGAAUGCCAGCCAUCGCAUUUUGACAGUGAAGCAACCUCUCGGUGUGGCUGCUUGUCUGGCGCCAUGGAACUUCCCCAUUGCAAUGAUCACACGUAAAGUUGGUGCUGCACUAGCGGCGGGGUGCACGACUGUCUGGAAGCCUGCUGGUGAAACCCCAUUGAGUGCACUGGCGCAGGCGGUUCUUGCAAAAGAAGCUGGGUUUCCCGGUGGAACUAUCAACGUCAUUACGACAUUGACCAACGUUGCUGAAGUUGGCGAAGCGCUCUGCAAGUCGAAGCUUGUGCGGAAGCUCAGCUUUACAGGUUCAACGCGCGUCGGGAAACUAUUGGCAAGCCAGUGCAGUCAGAACCUCACCAAGCUGUCGCUGGAGCUAGGCGGGAAUAGUCCAUUCAUUGUCUUUGACGAUGCAAAACUUGAUACGGCGGUCGAAGCUUGUAUCCUGGCAAAGUUCAGAAACUCCGGGCAGACUUGUGUCACAGCAAACCGAAUUUUCGUGCAGGAAGGUAUCUAUGACAAGUUCGCGGCAGCUCUUGUCGAAAAGAUCAAAACGCUAAAAAUCGGAAACGGAGUCGAAGAGGGCGUGGUAAUUGGACCGCUUACGCAUGACCGUGCUAUUGAGAAGGCCAUCGCGCAUAUCAGAGACGCCCAGGACAAAGGCGCCAGCCUCCUUCUCGGCGGAUCCCCUUUCCAACCACACAACUUGCAGGGCUACUUCUUCCAGCCCACCGUGUUGAGUGGUAUGUCCACAGAGUCCCUAACAACCCGCGAAGAGGUCUUUGCCCCAGUCGUCGCAAUCUACCCCUUCAAAACAGAAGAAGAGGUCACUGCGAAGGCCAACGAUUGCGACGUGGGGCUGGGCAGUUUUGUCAUCACCGAGUCAAUGCCACGGAUGUGGAGAGUUGCGGAGAAUUUGGAGGUCGGUAUGGUCGGAAUCAACUUGGGCAUGCUGAGUGCCGCCGAGAGUCCGUUUGGAGGAGUCAAGGAAUCUGGAUACGGGCGGGAAGGUGGUCGACAAGGCAUUGAAGAGUAUUUGACCGUCAAGAGUAUCUUGAUGAACGUUGCGAAUUAG